CACAGCGGGACGGCGCGCCAAUCAAAAAGCACCCUGGCCGCCUCACGAGGAAGCUCCUAUUUUGACUUGUCCAGUUGUUGCUGACCGGCCGGAGACGAGGGGAGGCAACGGGACCUGGUCUUUGACGCUAUGAUGCAAAGUUUCAUCGGAGUGUGUCACCUCUUCUCGGUCCUUCUGCUGCAGCUCGUACCUGCACAGAUCUCACACCCUCCAGAGGAAAGUCACUCAAAAGUGAUGGCGUUCCAGGAGGUGUGGGCAAAGAGCCUGUGUCGGCCCAUGGAGCAGUUGGUGGAUGUGGAGCAGGAGUACCCUGGAGAAGUGGAGUUCAUCUACAUGCCUGCUUGUGUCCCACUUUGGCGCUGCUCUGGUUGCUGUGGGGACGAGAACCUGGAGUGCCAGGCUACGCUUGAACGCAACAUCACCCUGCAGGUGAUGAGGCUUCACCCCAUGUUAUCUAUGCACCACAUGGAACUGACAUUCGUGGAGCAUCAGAGAUGUGAAUGCAGACCCCGUCAGAAACUCCUGAAUAAUAAAAGCAGCAGUGAGUCUAUCAAGAACAGACCUCGCAGGAGAAAACACAAGAAGACAGCAAACGGCUGUGGCAAGUGCCAGUUCCCUCAAAACAAGAUCGAUCUUCACUGAGUCUCAUCUGUCCAUUCUUUAACGUGGAGGAGUAACUUCAGAGUGGAGCUCAUCUGUGAAUCAAUCAUCUCUCAUUCAUCCUCUGUUUAUAUUUCUGUCCUCAUCCAGUGCGUCCAUCAGACGUUCCAUCUUGGCCGUGACAUUGUUUUAUUUUUUGAUAAAUUCUCAAAGCAAACAAUCCUAUCUGCAAACUCCUUAAGCUCUAACUGCUGUUUUUAACAGAACAAAAUCAGCAGCAGUUUUAGUUUUAAAAGGUUAGCUGCUUUUGUGGGAGGUUUUAAAAAUAGACGACAGAUUCAGAAUAAUUAGUAGGAUGCAGUAAGCAUAUCCGUUGCCAGGGGAAAUGAUUAAAGGGACAGUUCACCCCCCAAAAUACAAAUUUUCUUCUUACCUGUAGUGCUGUUUAUCAAUCUAGAUUGUUUUGGUGUGAGUUGUCAAGUGUUGGAGAAGAGAGAUGUCUGCCUUCUCUCCAAUAUAAUGGAACUAGAUGACACUUGGUUUGUUCAAAGUGCCAAAAAAAUAUAUACUGUAAAAACUCAAAAUCAAUGUCUCUUUCCAGAAAUCAUGACCUGGUUUUUCAAGAUAAUCCACAGACCUUGUUGUGAGCAGUUUCAUGUAGGAACUAUUUUCUUUCCACUGAGCUACACCCACCAACUGUAUCAAUGUGCAGAAGGAAAUGUGCAUCUACUCAUGGACGAGGGGCUCGUGCUCAUGACAGUGUGAGAUAUAAACAUAAUGGCGUCCUCCUUGGCUGAGACGUAAUGUUAGCUAACUCAGUGGUGCUAAGUGAGCUAGCAGUUUGGGUAGGGUACUGAACUCUGUACUUUUAAGGGUGCCAACCUAAUCACCCAGGCACUGAUUAAUGUUAAAGCUAUCGAUGCCAGAUUUUGGUACCUAGGAGUUCAGACAGGAGGUGGAAGCACUGCAAAAUGCCCUGAAGCUGGAAAGCAUAUGAGUAAAGUACCAAAAAAGGUACCAUUUGGCACUAGUGCAAUUUGAGGUGCCAGCACCAGUGCCGCUAUAGGUUCAAAUGUGAAUGGUACCUAACCCUACUAGUAGAAGAUACACUCUUCCUUCUGGGUGUUGCUACAGUUGCUGGGUGUAGUUUGGUGGAAAGAAAAUAGUUCCUACAUGAAGUCACAAGGGGGGUGGAGCCUAUCCCAGCUGUAAUUGGGCGACAUGUGGGCUACACCCUGGACAGGUCACCAGACUAUCACAGGGCUGACACACAGAGACAGACAACCAUUCACACUCACAUCCACAGCUACGGACAAUUUAGAGUCACCAGUUAACCUGCAUGUCUUUGGACUGUGGGAGGAAGCUGGAGCACCUGGAGGAAACCCACGCUGACACUGGGAGAACAUGAUUACCUGUCAGAUCAACAGCAACAUUCACACAGAGGCCAGAAACCUUCAUAACUUUAUUUUCAUUGUAACUUUUGCAGAGUGUCUCCUGUUAUAACUGUUAUAAAACUGAAACAUCAUGUAUGUGACUUUCUUUAGAUUGUUAUUUACUUAUUACGGAACGUAAACAUUCAUUCAAUAAAAUGCAGUCCAAAUAAAAGGAACCUCUGUGUCAUCUACAUUUGCAUCGGUGGACCAUUAGUCUGUGUAACAUGCAGGGACACUGAGAGCUCUUUCUCUGUCGUAAGCGCAUCUAUAACAAAGCAUUCUGAUGUGUUUUGCAUUCACAGACAUGUGGGAUGAUAAAGGUGUGGCUGGAUUCAACAGCUAAGCUUCCUCAUUUGGUAUUUCACACAACAGGAUGAUCAGGCUUGCCUGACAACUGUGAAGUGAUGAGAUAGCAUUCAUGAAACAGUAUGACUUAAUCAGAGUUGUUUGAUAGGUUUCAAAUGAGUGCCAGAAAGAAAUGUGAUGUACUGUUUUCAGUUUUCUGGAGCAUUCUCUUGUAGUGUGCGACAGGCCUAUAAAGCUGUGCUUAUUUCUCCAUGUCCCAUUUCUCUCUGCAGACUCAUCCUCCAUUUUUUUUUCUUCUUGCAGGCAUGUAAGAGUAAUACUAAUGUGGUUAAGAGCAGGAUACAUCCACGUGAGAACGUUUUGUUCUGAUGGGCAGCGUUUUGUUUACUUUAAACAUGCAGCAGAGAAGAAUUGCUCCGCUUAGGUUAGCUGUGGGCCAGCCAGCCUGUUAUGUAACACACCAGUACAUUACGCUCCCGGCCUCACGUCACUGGAUUCCCCGACAGUACAUUUGAGAUGCCUGCACUGUACAGUACACCUCCUAACUGUGCACACAGCGAACACAAUGUCCUUA